AUGCCGUCAAUGAAAGUAGAAGGUGACAGUGAUGGGGAUGGCGAUAUGUCUGGUGGUGAUACUGAAAGGUCCAAUGGUUCUUCACGACCUGAUCGGGACUCCAGCGCCGAAGAAGCAGAUGAACCUGAUUCAGAUGAUUCUUCAGAAAUGGACGAGAGCGAAUGUGAACGCAGGAGGAACGAGUGCUUGGACAACUUGACAAACCUAGAGCGUCAGUUCACAGUAUUGAGAGAGCAGCUGUUCAAUGAGCGUAUGAAGCAUGUUGAGUACCAGCUGUCGGAGGUGAGGGUGGGCAGGUCACAGGAGUACCUCAUACCAUUGGCACAGCUACAGGAAAAUAUGAAAGUCAGAUUGGAGGUGGCCGGUAUUCUUAAGAAGAUGAGGAUAGAAAAUAUCAAGCAUAAGUAUGAUGCAGAGGAGAUAGCGGCUCACCAACACUUCAAGGUCAGUAUAUAUAUUAUUUACAUACUAGUACCACACUGA